CGCUCCCCAACAUGACAGCAGUUUUAAGAAGGAGAUUCUUCUGCCGUGGCUUUCUGUGGUUCAUCCUCCUGAUUUAUUGAGAUGCACGUGGAAAACGAGCUGAAUGAAGCGCGCGCACAGCAGAGAGGGAGGCUGCUCUCCAACAGGCUGAUCCAGCUGCACCACCGCGCUGGUUUUACGCGCAGCAGCUCCUGCAGCUGGAGCUUCCCUCCUCCGCAGCAUGGAUGACGAGUUCCUCUCCAACCUCUCCCCGGCUCCCCCCGGAGACCCCGAGGCGUUGACCCCCAACUCCACCGUGGAGCCCGGCUGGUGGGGGGCCUCCGACGGCGGGGAGACGGUGCACUUCGUGGUGCGCUGCGUCAUGACCUCUGUCUACAUCCUCAUCAUCACCGUGGGUCUGCUGGGAAACAUCAUGCUGGUGAAGAUCUUCAUCACCAACAGCGCCAUGCGCAGCGUUCCCAACAUCUUCAUCUCCAGCCUGGCUGCGGGCGACCUGCUCCUGCUGGUCACCUGCGUGCCCGUGGACGCGUUCCGGUACUUCUCGGAGGAGUGGGUGUUCGGCGAGGCGGCGUGCAAACUCAUCCCCGUCAUCCAGCUCACCUCAGUCGGCGUGUCGGUGUUCACGCUCACGGUUCUCAGCGCGGACAGGUACAAGGCCAUUGUGAACCCGAUGGACAUCCAGACAUCUAGCGCCGUCUUCUGGACUUGUCUGAAAGCCGUUUCCAUCUGGCUGCUGUCCGUCCUGCUGGCCGUCCCUGAAGCCAUUUUCUCACAAGUGAUUUCCAUGCAGAAUCACAGGGACAACAUGAACGUCACCUUCGUGAACUGCGUGCCCUACCCGCUGUCCAAUCAGAUGCAUCCCAAAAUCCACUCUGUGAUGAUCUUCCUGGUUUACUUCCUGAUCCCUCUGACCAUCAUCUCAGUGUAUUACUACCACAUCGCCCGCACGCUGAUCAAGAGUGCCUACAACAUGCCGGGGGAAGUCAGUGAACACACCAAGAGACAGAUGGAGACGAGGAAGCGCCUGGCUAAGAUCGUGCUGGUCUUCGUGGGCCUGUUCGCCUUGUGCUGGUUCCCCAACCAUGUGCUCUACAUGUACCGCUCCUUCCACUACCACCAGAUGGAUCUGUCGCUGGCCCACCUCGUCAUCACGCUGGUGGCCAGAGUCCUCAGCUUCUCCUCCUCCUGCGUCAACCCCUUCGCCCUCUACCUGCUCAGUGAGAGCUUCCGCCGGCACUUCAACAGUCAGCUACGUUGUGGUCGAGGUCCCCGUCCUGAACGCCAACCCAGCUACAUGCACAGCACCUCUCACAUCCACCUCACAUCCAUCAAGAAGACCACGCCCAACGCCGUCAUUGUGGCUCCGGCUGCAAACGGGAACUCCACCACUCAGGAAGUGGCUCUGUGAAGUUUCCAGGAUCCUCUGCAGAGAGACGAUAAUCAUGUUUUAGAGGAACUCUGGAGAAAAAAACCAGAAAAAAAACUUCUGACAUGUUCCACCAAUUGGAUGAUUCACAGCAUCAGGAUAAAUCACGACCAUCAUAAACAACCAAAACAAGAAGUGCCUCUUUGAAACAAAAAAGAGCAGAAACACCCAGAGAAUGUGCUACAACUCUUCACAUUUCAUAACGCCGGCGACCAACUGAGGCUGUAGAAACAGGCAUCAACACAUCCAGUCUGAGGCUUUGGAGACGGUUUCUCUGGUUGCUCUGACAUGCAGUUUGACCUCUGGUGAAUGCAGGGGUUCAUUGACAUCCAAAGGCGUUGGGUGGACUGGAUGAACCUGGAAAUAUCUGCAAACUCCUCUUAUCUUUGGACAUAUGAAGGCAGUUGUGUCUGUUUAGCUCAACAGGAAGGUUUGCAACCCAAAUCAGAAAAAAUGAAACUGCAUGUGGCUCUGCUAGGCAGGCGCUGUGCAGAUAAAUAGUCACUGUUCUACAGGUAGAAACACCAGGUGAUGCUCGGUAAUGAAGUCAGAACCGUGAGAAUUUGGUUAUGGAGAAGAGUCACUACCAGGCCUUCCCCUUCCUUUAAUGUCCAGAAUGGAUUCACAUUUCAAGUAAAAUGUUGUAAAACUGUGAAUAUAAAUUGGCCUUUUAUUGAACAUCACUCACAGCGACAACCAGACCUAUAAUUAGAGUUUGAGUUUGGAAAACAUCUCAAAUUAACAGCAUGCUGUUUAAACAAAAUCACUUUUGCAUCACUGGCUGUCAUCACAAACUCCUCCAAUAAAAUAAAUGUGAGCGAAACAUUUUUAUUCAUAGGGGUUUAAAAUUGAUCAUGUGUCUGAGAGCUAAUGGUUACAAAUCUACAAAUUUUUGUUUCUUUGAUGUACAAAAAAUGAUGUGACAGAAAAACCCAAAUCCAAAUCAAGCAAAACGGAAAAGACAAAAUAAACAUGCCAUUCAAGUAAGAAAGGUUUGAGUCGAUCCGCGUUCAUCUUGUCACCAUGGAGACGGUAGAAAUACCACCAACUCUGACUGGUGGAGAACUGGAGCAGCGACUGGAGUCACAAUGUCUCCCUGACAACCACUAGAUGCCAUAACAGGUUGUUGUUUUGGAGGAAAGCCAGAAAAAAAAGAAGCUUAUUUCGUCCUACCAUCACAAACGUACUCAUUGUGAUGGUACAUUGUUAUUCUACUGGGACUUUAACUGCAAAUGUUGCUUUUCUUGGAUCAGACUAAGAGUUUUUGGUGAUAAAGGAUGAAUCACUUCAUGUAAGGUAGAGGAUCUGUAAUGCUGUGGUACACCAGCACAUCGACACAAAGGUGAAAAUGGAUCCUUCAUUGGAUCUAAAACAUUUGGUCAGGUCAACAUAGGAAUGCUUCACCAGACACCAAAUUAACUUCUUCUUCUAUGGUAAUCUCAUCUAAAGCCUACAGAAGAUCCAUGAGAAGCAGGACUCAGAGAUGGGACUGCUGCUUAACUACUGAACCAGAGGCAGAAAGGAGUGGCGCAAACUGAUGAUUUCCUUCUCAUGUUAUUUUACACAAUUACAGGCUGGACUUUGAGAAAAAAGAUAAUAUUUUAAUGGUGUAUAUACAUAGUUACUAACAGGUGGCUGAUAUUAAAUUAUUGGGAAACAAACAAUUUUUCAUGGUGCCACAAUUACCAGAACAUCUUGAUGAUGUUUGAACUUCGGAGGUUUAAAUGAUUGAAUUAUUUUAAGUACAAAAGGAUCAAUGUGUGAGCUUGAUAAGAACACAUUGGUUUCCCUAAAACCAGCAAACAUUGUUAGUGACUGUUGAUCUGUUGGCAGAAAAGCCUCUGAAGGCUCAGGAAGUGAUUAUUUGGAAUUAAUUAACCGAAAGUGAGCUCAACACAAUCCCCAUUUUCCCUCUGCAGCCUGUAAUUAGUGUCUAAUUUUAUUACGGGAAUGAAUUUUUAUUAAAGAGCUGGGAAGUAAACGAUCUCAGAAAUUAAACACAGUUUGACUGAAGUCAAGUUUUGAGUUUUGAGCUAAUCCUGCUGCUGAUAUUUAUCUCCCUCUGGCUGCUGUGGGUUGGGUGGUCACUGGCCCAGCAUGCCCUCCUUCCUGUGGGCCUUUAAAGACGGUGACAGACAGAGAGGAAAGCGAUGCCUUAUGGAGAGAUUCCUGCUGACUGCAUGGACCAACAGAGCCCAGUGAUUAUCAUCAUCGCUUUGUGUUGGUGCUUCAGACUCAACUCAGACGUGAUGAUUUGUGCUUUAUUUUCAUGAAACUCUCCACAAUUUGCUCUUCUUUAAACCAUGUUCUGAUAUUUUUCCUUCUUUCAAAAGCUUGAUGUGUUUUCUUUUUUUGUAUGACGCAUGCUUCUUGUUCUUCUGCUUUGCUCUGUAAUAAAUGUUCCUGUGCAGGCACCAUUUGGUCUCUGGUUGAUGGAAAUCAUUAAAUAAAGGUUUAGUCCGUGAAAGUGCUGGUUGUUACUUCCAGCUUCUUUACUAACAGUAAUGCUGGUGGAGCUGAAAGAACAGAAAUUAGCCCCAAACACUUUGCUCUGAUCAAAAGCAGAAUAAAUAUUCAGUUAUUUUCACUCUGAUUAUUACCAGCAGUUCAGGUUGUAAAAGUCAAAGCAUCUCACAUCAAAACAUUUGGGGCUGAAAAGUCAAUGCAGCUGGAUUUUACGUUUCGGUUCUUAGUUGCUUGACAGCUUAUCGAUUUGCUGUUUGAGCUUCUGAGUUUCUCUGCGUAUUAUCGAAGGAUGAAUAGAUCGCACGUCCCUCCGACGGCCACAGGCAUCCCUGAAGAGAAGGCAGCAGAUUUAUGAUUCUGAUUUAUAACUGAAAUGCAUGUAGGACUUUCAAAUUUGUUGCCAUUUCUAAACUUCGCAAAACCUCUGAAUUCUGUGAAUCAAUGAGACCAAUUUAAAGUUAAAAUCCUCAGCUGUCGGUUUAAUCUGGUCGUUUCUUAUGCAUCAGUUCUCUGCAGAAAUAAUCUUUGAGUUUCUGGCACAAUCUCACAAUCUUCUCGGCUGUCUGUCCAUCCUCUUCUAACAUCCUGUCAUCCGUCCAUAACU